UGAAACACACAUUGUACAUACAUUUAAAGAAUAUUUGCACAUUCAUUCUAACCAGCCGAGAUAACGUUGAAUGAAUCAAAAUUCAUUCAUAGAGCUUGUCCUCGUUAGGGUUGCGGGUAAAUUGGAGCCUGUCCCACACUUUUUUUUUUUUUUUUUUUUGGGGGGGGGGGGUUGCUAACAACUAAUGUACCAUGCUGCCCGCUGCAUAAACUUGAAUGAUGACCUUAUUUCACCGAUACUCUGAACGCAUCAAAGGAGGCUCGUUGGCACUUUGGAAAAAUGAUGUUAUAUACUGUCAGUAGCGAUCAUCAUUGUCUUUGUUGAGGCACACCUCAUUAUGUAUUGGUUCGAGUGCACUUUAUACGUCCUGCUUCACUUUCUUACUUAAUGGUUGAAUGGCUUCCUUGAAAAAAAAAAAAAAAGACGCCUUUAUUCAGUGCACAAAUUCGUAUCUUGAAACAUUAUGAUUAGCCGAUAUGACGUUGUAAAUAUGUUUGGAUUUAGGGCGAUUGCGUAACAGCUUCCAGGCUGAGGCCAAGUUCAGUUUCGUUUCUAGCCAAGUGUUUGCUUUCGUUUUCCUUUACGCAGGCAGCCUGAAGUCUGAAACGCGUCACACACACAAGCGAUGUCGAGGCGGACCAUGGCGCUUCUCUCCCGGUGGUCCUCGCGUGUUUUCUCCGUGGAGGUGGACGGAGAGACGGUUUACUUUAAAAUCAACGACAACCAACCCGGAAAAGAAGGAAAACAAGAAGUGCGGCGGCUGUUUGGUGCAGUGCAAAAGGAUUCCUGGUGUUACUCUGUGUUCGUUUCCAGCGGGGACAAAAUCCAGAGCGCCAGGUUUCACUGGCAACUCAAAGACAAACUACUGAAUGCUCUUCCUGCACAGUGUCGUUUAUCUCCGAUGAGCUCGUUUCUGCCGAACGUCAAAGACUCCCUUGUCCACGGCUAUUUCUUGCAAACUGCUUCCCGGGAGAGCUCCGCCGCAACCGAGCGGCUUUUACGACAGUGGCUGCAGCUUGACGACCCGUUGCUGGUGUGCUCCUACUUGCGUGACAACCGGGAGGACUCUCCGCAGUGGACUCAGCACCUGUGGAACCACCAGCAAAAUCACGGCAUCGUACCGUCACAGGCGCCACCGUACCACCCGGCGACACUCAACCUGAUCAAUUCCGAUGUUUUCUACAGUUUCCAAGCGGCCCGCUGUGUUUUCGAGAAGUGUGCUGACAUUAUUCCGGAGGCUGCAUCUGUGCUGGAGCUGUUGCCUCGCAGCGGCGGUGUGGAGCCCAGAAGGGAACCAGACUUCCCCGUUAUUGUCUUGGAAGGCCUGGAUGCCACAGGUAAAACCACAUUGACCGAGUCUCUCAGGGAUACGCUGGGAGCCACAAUUCUGCGUUCCCCUCCGCAGUGUAUUUCCCCCUGGAGGGCCCGCUUUGAUCAAGAACCACCCAUCCUCCGCAGGGCCUUCUAUGCGCUGGGCAACUACAUCACAGCACAACAAAUUUGCCGACAAACCUCCAAGACACCCGUAAUCAUUGACAGGUUCUGGCACAGCACGGCUUCUUAUGCCAUCGCCACAGCUCUAAGCGGUCCGGUGUGUGACCUCCCGGCAGAGGGCUCCGAGCUGUACUGCUGGCCCAGUGACCUUCUCCAACCGAGCCUGGUUGUCCUUCUUACGUUGGACCCCGAGGAGCGGAAGAGGAGACUGAGAGACAGAGGUCAAGGGGAGACCAAAGAGGAGCAUGAGUUGGAGAGCAACCUCCUGUUCCGACUCAGAGUGGAGGAGGCUUACAGGAGGAUCAGUGGUCCAACUUGCAUCAGCGUGGACGCUAGCUCCUCUGCAGAGCAAGUGCUCCAACAAGUGCUGCUUUUAAUUAAGGCCAAAUGCCACUUGUAAACAGCUCUCUUGUCUUUGGUGUCUGAGCAUCAAGUGGAUGCAUUACCACUACCGACCGCUUGGUGCCAGUAAAGGGAUGUGAAUGUCACGGUGGUCAAACAUUUAGUAAAGUGAGCCGCUCCACGGGUUGCCAGAGGAGUCACAUUAAUCCAAUCAGAAAUACAUAUUCACCCGGAAACAUACACACAAUCCCUAAACCGAAAAGUGCAUUUAACUGCUGUUGUGAGCUCACAGAAUUCACACCAAGUAUCCUUCAGGCCCUGUGGAGCACCGCUUACUCACAGUCGCUUGUACUUGUGGCAAAACAUAGGAAAAGUACAGAACUAAAUGUAUAUAUAACAAGCAUUUCAAGUCAAACUGUAAGAGCAAGUAAAAUGUAUAGCAAAAUUAAGGCAUAACUCAAAUUCAGGUUUAAGACUAGAACAUUUAUAUGCACUCUGGGAUAUACUACAGUAAUUGCCAUGUGCAAGUUGAGAGCAAAUAACCAGUGCUGGGAAAGCUACUUGGAAAAUAAGAUGCAAGCUAUUCUAUAUUAAAAAGAAACUUCACUACAAUUCACUAAUUGAUACCAGACAACAUCCUUUAACCUUGUCCCCUCCUUAAUUUCCAUCCAUCCAUUUUCGGAGCCGCUUAUCCACACAAGCCAGUGGGAGUGGUGGAGCCUUGUCUAUGUUAUUGCGCAUGUUCACUCUUUUCUAUCCACUUUAUGUUCCAAUUGUUUAAUUCAGCUAAUGUAAGUGCAUGAAUCCACAUGUGAAUGAACGGUUUUACAUUCCACAGAAGGCCAAUUUUUCCUCAAUAGACAGUGGAUUUUCUGACUCAAUUUUACAAAAUAGACUCCAUUGUUGAUUAGUUGUGUUCAAUGAGAGCAUGCAUGAAAUGAACAUUUGAUUUAAUGUGGAUGAAUGUAACCGGGGAAAAAAACAUACUUUGUGAAAGAUGCCAAUGCCCAUGCGGUUAUGUAAAAAUGUGGUUGGAAUUUGAUGCACUGCAACAUGUUUUUCAGAUUUUUUUGCCUCGUGUUCAUCAACCAAAUAUUAAAAACACCACUGUUGCAAUUGAGUUUUACAUCAAUACAAAGCAUGCAAGGAGUAAUAAUAGGGCCCCUCUUUUUCAUGGCAAAAUAACAAAUUCAUCAAUAUUUGAUGCCAUGCUCUAGUCGGGGUUAGCAAAAAGGUUUUGUAUCACCUAUCUGUCAAGUAUUACCUGCUUCUGGUUGGGGUUCAAUUGGUGUGUUCAUUUUUUAUAGAAGUUUGCCAAAGAAUGAGUUGUGGAAUUCUCUGAAAAUGCAAACCUCCUGUUAAAUAUCGGACAUGUGUCUUUGAGACUUUUCUGUCACACACAGGCUUGUAAAUGGUCUCUAAAACGAUCACUAAUAAUAAACAUUGCAAG